AUGGGGGUAAAGGAAGAACCAACCGUUCUCUAUGGUCCUUCGAGCUUCCAGCAGCAAGUCAAUAGUUGCCUGAACAUCGUUGAUGCACUUGGAGGCCUGGGCCUUCUUCCAGAGGCGCUGAUGUUCUUUCUGGACCUGGUCCAUCGUGAGUGUGGUCGUCCUCUGGCUAACUGCGGAGAAAGGUACUCAUGUUCGCCUGGGGACCUCGAGACUCAAAGCACAUAUAAUCCCAACUCGGCCAGAUUGCUGAACUGCACUGCAAGAUACCGUCAAAGGCUUAUGGAUAACAGCAAAUGUCUGGAGGAAGCGUUGAGAGCAAAGAAGAGGGAGAAAGCAGCUGGAAAUGUUUGGCAGCAGGUCGUUUCUUUUCGACGGGAAAGCCAGGCCUGCAGGGCCCGAAGCAUGUCACAUGGUCAACACUAA